AUGCCUGCGCGUGCCACUGCGCCGAGUGCAGAGCUCUCCGGGUUUGAUGCCCUGCGUGCCGUGCGAGGUGAGUCGCAGAGCGAUUGCGAUUGCAAAGCGCCAUCGGAACCCUGGCCUGACACGGAUGACGAGCUCUGGCCAGAACAGGCCCUUUGCCCUCCGCGGAGAAUGCCAAUGCUGAUGAACCUCAGCAUGGCCUUGGAGCCAGGAGCAGCGCCGACCAAAGACUCGGAACCGCCGGAGACGGCGCCGACGACGCCGGCGACCUCGGCUGAGUCGGCGACGUCCGACUUGCAGACUUUGUCCGAAGGCCAGCUUCGCAAACACCACGUGAACCAGGCCAUGCGCACAGGCGCGCUGGCCCUGAAGAAGGCCCGCGCCAUGCUGAAGCCAAGGUGA